AUGACUUCGAUCCCAGAAGACUUCCUCAGGGACCCAUGUCCAAAUUCCAUUCUCCAUCAAAUUGACUUUGAGCACACAAACCCAGCCAUCAUCGCAUACAAAAACAGCUUCGCCGCAGUAAUCGACAAUUUUAUGACAGAGACUGAAUGCAAAGAGCUACUCAAUCUAGCAGAGCAAUCAACAACAACAGACCUCCCAGACUCAACCCAGUCACCCCCUAAAUGGGAACGAGCCAUGAUAAACGCCGGCAACGGGAAAGAAGUCAUGUCAGUGGACUCUCGCAAAAGCGGCCGCGUGAUAUUCGACUCUCCCGAAAUAGCCCAGAGAAUACUAAACCGACUGAUGCCAUUCCUAAAAGAAUGUGAAAUCGACCAAGUCAAGAAUAAACCCUCCGUCACGGGCCUCGGGCCUGCGAAGCGGGGCGAGGUAUACAACGUCACUCGACUCAACGAACGGUUGAGAUUCCUGCGGUAUGAGGGCGGUGAUUACUUCCGGCCUCAUUGGGAUGGGUGCUAUAUUACGCCGGAUGGAAAAGAGAAAUCUCUUUACACGAUCCACUUGUACUUGAAUGGAGAGGGGGAGCAGGAUAUGGACGAGUUACAGCCGUAUAUUACCGAGGCGGAAAAGAAGUAUUAUUUGUUUGCGGAGGAUGGGGAAGUCGAUCUUCGGGAGGUUGGCGCUGAGCAGGUUGAAGUUGGGGAUGGGGAUGGAGAUGGAGAUGUGGGCUUCAUGUCUGCUGGUGAGUCCCUUGCGAAGGCUGAUACGCUUCUUGGGGGUGCGACUUCGUUUACGGAUGGCUAUAAGGCGAGGGAUUGUGUGCGGGUUUUUCCUAAGACGGGGUCUGUUCUGAUUUUCCAGCAGAGGAAUCUCAUGCAUUGUGGAGAUGAUGUGUUUAGGGGGGUGAAGUAUACGAUGAGGUCGGAUGUUAUGUAUUCCUCCUAG